UCGGCGCUAGGCCGGCGGGCGGGAGGGCGAGCGGGGCAGCGGGCCGGCGGGCGGACCGGGCCGGGGUUGGAGAAGUUUGCGCGGCGGCUCGAGAGCGCAGGGUGCGGGCCCCGCCGGCCGCUGCGCGCCCGCUGCCAUGGCUUUCCGCAGGAGGACGAAAAGUUACCCGCUCUUCAGCCAGGAGUUCGUCAUCCACAACCAUGCGGACAUCGGCUUCUGCUUGGUGCUCUGCGUCCUCAUCGGGCUUAUGUUCGAGGUCACCGCCAAGACUGCCUUCCUAUUUAUUUUACCUCAGUAUAAUGUUAGCGUGCCUACAGCAGAUAGUGAGACCGUUCACUACCACUAUGGGCCCAAGGACCUGGUCACCAUCUUGUUCUACGUCUUCAUCACCAUCAUCCUGCAUGCUGUGGUUCAGGAGUACAUUUUAGACAAAAUCAGCAAACGGCUUCACCUCUCCAAGGUCAAACACAGCAAGUUCAAUGAAUCUGGGCAGCUGGUCAUCUUUCAUCUCAGCUCGGUGGUAUGGUGCUUCUACGUGGUGGUGACGGAAGGAUAUUUAACAAACCCAAGAAGCCUCUGGGAAGACUACCCACAUGUGUGCCUCCCCUUCCAGGUGAAGUUUUUCUACCUGUGUCAGCUGGCCUACUGGCUGCACGCACUUCCUGAGCUGUACUUCCAGAAGGUACGGAAGGAGGAAAUCCCCCGUCAGCUGCAGUACAUUUGUCUGUACUUGGCCCACAUAGCUGGAGCAUACCUCUUAAACCUGAGCCGCCUGGGCCUCAUCUUGCUGCUGCUGCAGUACUGCACCGAGUUCCUCUUCCACAUGGCUCGACUCUUCUACUUCGCAGACGAGAACAACGAGAAGCUGUUUAAUGCCUGGGCUGCUGUAUUUGGGGUCACCCGCCUCUUCAGCCUCACCCUCGCUGUGCUGGCCAUCGGCUUUGGACUGGCUCGCAUGGAAAACCAGGCCUUUGACCCCGAGAAAGGGAACUUCAACACCUUACUUUGCAGGCUCUGCAUGCUGCUGCUGGUGUGUGCUGCCCAGGCCUGGCUCAUGUGGCGCUUCAUCCACUCCCAGCUGCGGCACUGGCGGGAGUACUGGAACGAGCAGAGUGCCAAGCGGAGAGUCUCAGCUGCCCCCAGACUGCCAGCCAGGCUCAUCAAGAGGGAGUCUGGUUACCAUGAAAACGGAGUGGUGAAAGCAGAAAAUGGCACCUCCCCACGGACUAAGAAACUCAAGUCUCCUUGAGGGCAAAGUGCUGGAACAGGGAUCCUCUUGUGGGGGCCCAGCAGGGAGGGGGGGAGCCCGGCCCCCAACACUGCCUUCCCUCUCCUAGUCCUGUUGCUCACUCUCAAGCAGCAGGAACCUGUCUCUGAACAGGGCUUUUCCUCUUUCUUACUUCUUGGCUUUCUCUUCUUACUCUUCCAUAAACCAUUCUCAAUAAAACCAAAACUCUUCUUCUUUCUCUCCCUCAAGCCACUUCAUGUCCUCACCUCUGCGCUGUGUUGGGUUUUCUAGAAGCCCAGGCUCUCAUGGUUCUGUUGACUGGCCUCCUCUUUCUCUUCCUUCAUGGCUGCUUCCUUUGACUUUUCACCAUAUUGUGCAAUUUUUCUGUCUGAUUUUUACGAGAGGGAGCUCAAAUUGCAGUCCUGGCCAUCCGACACCCAGCAUCAGUCCCCAGGACCUGUCAGAGUCAGACGCCUCGUGCCCCGGAGCCUCUGCCCGGGGCUGCUUGCAGGCCCCUGGGGGGCCCCCCCGUGUUCGGGUGAGGAGAGGAGAGACCAGUCCUCUUGGAUCAUCAUCUCCAGGUGCUGAUUAACUGAGAUGUAUGAUUCCAGGUCCGCACACACCAUCCGGAGGCCCGGCAGCGCCACUGCUACUUGGAAAUGCCACAGCGUUUGGCUGUGGGGCAUGGCGACCUGGGCCAGAAAGGUGGUGGUAACUGUGUUGGGUCCUGUGACUCAAGACCGCUUCCCAGUGGCCGGUCCUGCACGGAGGCCAGUUGGCCCUCGCUCUGCCGGGGAGGUGCUGAAGGAGGACAAGUCUUCCCACCCACUAGAGCAGGAACAGAGCAACAGGCCUUUCUGGAAAGGUAACGGUGGCAGAGAUGAUGGAGUGGGAGCCCUAGGCCGUUCUUCAGCCCCAGCCCCAGCCCCAGCCCCAGCCCCAGCCCCAGCCCCAGCCCCAGCCCCAGCCCCAGCCCCAGCCGCUUUUUCAACCGUUCACCAGCAUUCAAAACCCCACCCAACCACAGUUACCAGAGCGGCCCGGCGGAUGCUGGCCCAAAGCCCAGAGCCAGGUGGCCCGGUGAGGGGCUGGCCUUGCUGCCUGACUUGUCUCUCCCGCUGCAGGAACACCAAGCCCCCCACUGGCCCCCUGGUGCCACAGGGAGGUCGCUGGGCUGCUCACCCUCUGGCUCAUCUGUUGAGUGUCUCUGUCAUCGUCAUCCUGUGAUAUUUGAGCACACCUGCAACAUUUUAGACUGUAUGAAAGCGGGACUCAGAAUGAUCUGCAGGGUAGAUGAGCAGACACCUGUGCCAAGGGGAGGCUUCUGCCUUACCCUCCCCUCUUCCUUCCCUCUGUUCCACCCAAAGACAAGGCCUCCAAGUCCAUACGGGGCCUGGGGAGGACUUCCAGAAGGGGUUAGGCUUAGUCCUAAUUAGGAACUCUUGAACUCUGUGCUGAGGUGUGGGGAGCAGGUCUUGGUGGGCGUAGAAAUGUCAGUUGAGGUGCUGGUCCUCUUUCUGACCUCAUAGAAGCCAAACCUUGGAUUAUUAUCCUAAAAAGGGGGAGAUGGGCCUUUUCAUCAGGGCAACUCCUCUCCUCCAUGUCACUUGCAUCAGAGAUUGAAUUUUCCAGUGACUGAGGGAUUUGUACCCAAACACCAUUGUAGACCCUCCUCUCUCUGUCCAGGCUAAGGCUAUAGAAAUGGGAAGAUCUGCCCUUGGCGUCUGAUUACCCUUAGGAAGCAGGACGGCCUUUUUGGAGAUCUGCAUCUCUCCCAUCCUUCCCUGACACUUCUCUGGGCUGCAGAGCAGAAACGUUGCUAGGAGCGUGGCUUGGUACCAACCCAGCAGACCUGAGCCAGGACCCCUUAACUAUUUGGCCCAAUACCCCUGCCCAGGCUGUAGUUUCGUUCACGCUCCCCACCUUGCCUGGUGAGGGAAGGGCGUUCAGCCAGCAGCCUCCAAAGCUGCCCCAUGAGCCUCCCCGCUCAGCCCAGCCCUCCCCUCCCCUUGGCCAUGUCCCGGGCAGUGUUCUGUUCCCUGCAAGGGGCCGCUCCCUCAGGUGAGCCCCGGCUCAACUUUGGCGGGUACGCUGUGACCUGCAGGCCGAGAGACAGGGCGAGCAGCUCAAGGCCUGCAUCAGGCAGCCUCCCUUCUCAUGGCCAUAGGUCUAGGUGUUUGUUGCCAGAGGCCACCUGGCUCUGUGUUCCCGAAGUGUCCUUCAAGCUUCUGGCGCUGGGGCAGGUGUGAUUCAGAGGUGGUACCGCCGCCCCAGGGGCUGGGGCUCUGUUUCUUAAAGGAUAGGGUGUGUGCAGGGAUGAGGGUUAGUAAGAUUUUUUUUCUGCCGUGUCAACACCCCUGAGACCAUGAGUAAGGCUAGCGUGUCACCAGCUGGGCCUUAGGAAGGAUCGGAGGGGAAGGGGGGAUAUCAGAGUAAUUGGAGGGAGCUUUGUCACCCUUCUGGCAUCCUGGCCACAUUUAUCUCUGAGCAGAGCCCAGGCUUUGGCAGGCUGGCGCAGCAGGGUGCCAGGGGCCCAAAUAACCCCAUCUCAUCCUGUGAGCUUGUUGUGCUGGCUUGUCCUGAUUUGGCCACCUUGGCUGUCGUCUUCAGUCUUAAACUAGCGCUCUCCUGUUCCCAAAGUGCCGAGCCAUCAGUGAGGGCCCUGUCAGAUAGCUCUGAGAUGCUAAUCUACCUCAGCAACAGCCGCCUCUCUCUAAAACAUCCCUGACCGGCACAGGCGUGGGGGAGGCCGAGCAGGUGGCCGUGGCAGGACAGACAGGCUGUGUGGUGUGGGGGGAGGACCUGGGGCUGCUGAGGUUCAGUGGUGGGAAAGCUAUUUUUACCAUCAGGCUCUGAUAGCUGCACUAUUAAUAAGUUACAUGUGUUCUUUUUGAAGGUAGGGGAAGGUUUGAGAGGAAAGGGGGAGCAGGCAGGGCCUGGAGGGGAGCUGCUUCUCCCCCAUUCUAACCGUGUGUGUGUGUGCGUGCGCACGCGCCCCCUCUGUGUGCGCGCGCCCCCCUCUGUGUGCGCGCGCCCCCCUCUGUGUGCGCGCGCCCCCCUCUGUGUGCGCGCGCCCCCCUCUGUGUGCGCGCCACCAGACCUAAAUUGUUGCCGAGAACCUUUUGUGUUUCUGUCUCAAGGCAGCGCUUGAAUUUCAGAAACCAAAAUAGACCUUGUGCUCUGGCCACCUUUGCAGAUGCCGCUCUUGACUGGAAUCCCUUGGCCUCCAGAGACCCCUGAAGCCUGGCUUCAGUGUUCUUUCAGGGGAGUGUGCGUCUGGGUUUUCCUUUAGGGACCUCCUUCCUCCGUACCCUUUCACUUUUUUUCUAAAUGGUGAAGGAGAGGAAGAGGCAGAGAGUACACCUCCUCCCAAGAUUCCACAAGAGAAAAUUCUGUUCCCUGGAUGCCUUUUUAAGUUUUCAGUGGCUUGCCAGGUCCCCUGUGGCUCGGGAAGGUUUGGUUUGGAUAUCUUGCACAGGUUUCAGCCUUCCAGUCGGGUUUUCCUCCCCUGCUGACCCAGGCGAACAGACUCCGUUCGCGAAUGUUGUUGCCGCCCUCUGCUCUUCCCUGCUGGAGGCGGGACAACAGAGUGGUCUUUCUUCCCUCCCGCUGCCUCCCCUGCCUGCAGCCCUGCUCCUCCGAAGGGACUCUGGGUACAACUGGGGAAGCGGGUCAUUGUCCGAGCAUGUGAAACUUCCGUGGGACCCCUCUCCGGCCCCGGCUGGCCCAGGAAGCAGCCUUCACCCUCUUGCUUUUCUCUGGUUCCCACCGGCCUAGUUUACCUGCUGCUCCUCGUCUGCUGCCUCCCCUGCGGCCCGCUCCCUCUUGUUCUAGAGGUCUCAGAAAAGCACUGGGACUGCUGUGUUCCGUGCUGACCCUGUGCUCGGCGACCCAAGAGUGCUUGUCCCAAGCGGGCCCUCCUCUUCUUUGUGUACGAAGUGCCUUACUUGCCGUGGGGCCUCCCAGCCCCCGCGCGUGCUGUGUGGCCAACCCCACCGGGCAGGCCUCUGGGGCGGGUUGUCCUCUGCAGCCAAGGACACUGGACCCCGGUACAUUCCAUGUAAAGGGGACAUGGAUUGGGAGUUUGGCCUCAUUUGUCUCCGUCCCCGCCCCCCGUGGGGGUGGGGUUCAUGGUAUGUUCUAGGUUUUGUUUUGGCCCACACGGGUGGCUGCAGAAGCCUUGAGGGCCCGGCCGCAGGCACCUGCACGUCCUACCUGUGGAGGGAAGCCCAGGGGCCUCCGGGGGCACAAGCCCCCCCUUGGCCAGUCCUCCCAGCGCGCCUCCUCCCCAUUAAAAAGAACAGUAGCCUGGCUCUAACUUCUUCCAAUCUUUUUUGCCUCCUAUUCAACCCACAGUUGGUAAGAUCAAGGUGUUUACUUUUACUUCCCAGUCACAAGUGUUUGCUCCCAGACCCCGGUCUGACGGUGGGUCUGGUUUGGUCGUUGCAGAGUUUCUCCGCGCUCCUAACUCAGUGUUACCUAUGUUAGCAGCCGCAGCUGCCCGCCAUUCCCUUGCUCCUCCGGGUUGUGCAAUAACUCCCCCAGCCCGUGGUCUUCCACAGGCCCUGCUGUCCCUAAGUACCCUGCAGCCGGGAAGGGAAGGGACCCGCGGCAGGGGGGGGUCGUCCUCCCCUACCGAAGAAACGUGCGCUACUUUCCCUUCAUCGCAGUCAUCUCUCCAUCCUGAGUGGGUUUCAGUGGCACUCUCCUAGAACAGUGUAGCAUCGCCUUAGAAGGCCGUAGAUUUUUCUUAAAUCAGUUGAAAAGGAAAAAAAAAAACAUUCUCAUGAUGGGGCAUUAAAUAAAUCCGUGUCUGGGAAUAAGAUCUCUUGGGACACCUGAGAUGUCACCGUCACUCUAAGAGCAUUCUAGAGUUUCUUGUUCGUGUGGAGAGGAAGGAGGUGGUUCUGAGGGGCAGCCAUGCGUGCACUGUUCACUGACAGGGGCUGGCUGGGGCUGAAAGCUCCGCUGUGUCCUUGGGUACGGAUUCGAGUGUUCAUGUGAGGAGACCCCCACACCUCAUUUUUCAGUUCUUUUGUUCAGUAAACACCUGAAGGAUGAGCUGAGGCUGCUGGUGCCGUGAGCAACUCAUAAUGCAAAUGUGGACAAGUCUUGUUUUUCUAUUUUAGCCUGUUCAUGUCAUGGACCAAAUUUCAACUAGGAACUCAAGGAAAAUUUGUACCUGCCGUAUUUAUGCUUUCAUGUAAAAGGUGGGGUUUUUUGGGCGGGGGCGGGGGGGUCUUUUUACUUUCAAUGAACUUUUUUCAAAAGCUUUUCCACUGUUUCUGUCUGGUUUUAAAACAAAUUACAGUUUUGUAUGGAUUUUUUUAAUGUACAUUUUGAAACAAAUCAAAUAUUUUUGAAAUAACUGAAUAAAAGGCAUAGAA